UAAUUUAUAUUUUGAUGUUAGUCAUCGGAGGUGGAGGCAUUUGCAUCUCGAUGAAAUGAAGUGAGUGCCUAGAUGAUAGACAGUAGAUGAGAGGGAGUCGAGAUAAAGAUAAAAGAGUAGCACAAACAAACAAUUAGAUAAAUCGAGUAGACAUACGGGUAAUUUAUAAAAUGUCCCGGAUGUUAAUUGAGAUGUAGAGUGUACUUGAUGUAUGGGGCACAUGCACACACACACAAAUGUGUGUGCAUGUGGUUCUUGAUAGUUCGAGGGCAGUACCGAAGCGUUUUGGCACUCCACAGUCUCCAAAGCCGUCUGCCUCUCCUGUCAUGUCAUCGGCACUUGCUACGAAGACAACAGACAGCACAAGGUCUUCAGGUGCAGGUACGAGAGGCACUCAGUCUCGUUCUAGUGCUGGAGUGGCUUCCAGAGGAUCAGGGAGUAUUACGACGUUGCGUUCUGGAAACAGCUCACCUCAUAUGCCGCUCACGACCACAAAGAGCAAAGAAAAGACUUCGUCACAUAUACCGUCUUCUUCACUAGUACCUGUUGCUUUGAAAGGGUCUUUUUCGAAGAAGGAUCACUCGACAACAUCCAAUGGUCGGCCGCACAUCGCUUUAUCAUCUACCAAUGAUAUAACAUAACUCAGCAUGCUGGCAUGUGAGCUGUGAUUGCCACUCAGCAGCAAUAUUUUUCUUUCUCAGUGAGACAGACAGAGAGACAGACAGAGAGACAGCUGUGGCGUCGGC